GCAAACUGAUAUCCUCCACUUCACUGUUCACCGGAGAGAGUCUGAGGCUUUUAGAUCCAAGAACAAAAACCCAAAAGCUUCUUUGCUUCCUCGGGAAUUUAGUUGGUUCUUGUUCCAAUUCUGUGAUUAAAAGAUCUAAGCUUUGGUUGAAUGGAGAAAAUUUUGGGUCUUUUAAGAAUUCACAUCCAAAGAGGAGUUAAUCUUGCUGUUAGAGAUAUGAGAAGCAGUGAUCCCUAUGUUAUUGUCAAGAUGGGCAAGCAGAAGUUGAAGACUCGUGUGGUGAAGAGGAAUGUGAAUCCAGAGUGGAAUGAACUUUUAACUCUUUCAAUAUCAGAUCCAAAUAUCCCAAUCAAGCUGUUUGUGUAUGACAGAGACACAUUCUCUUUCGAUGACAAACUGGGUGAUGCAGAGUUUGAUAUUUGUCCAUUUCUCAAAGUAAUAUCAAUGCGAUUGGAAGGUCUCCCUGAUGGAACAAUAAUUUCAAAAGUAAGACCAAACAGGCAGAACUGUCUAGCAGAAGAGAGCUCCAUUGUCUUCUCCAAUGGAAAAGUUGUCCAAAACAUGGUUCUCAGACUCAGAAAUGUUGAAUGUGGGGAAAUAGAACUUCAGCUACAGUGGAUUGAUAUCCCUGGUGCUAUGCAUUUGUAGAUGGCAUGGAUCUGUUUUUCCUACUGUUGUUGUAUAGGGCAAGCCGGCAAGGUUUGGAGCAUCAAAACCUUCAUAAAUUUAGUUUAGGCAAGAAAAGUGAGUGAUUUAUAUCAGUAUCCGCCUACUUCUUGUUAUAUCAAUCAUGUGGGUUGUGAGAAAGCAUAUACUGUAGUUGUAAUAAUAAUCUGGCCUCCAUUUUUUUAUGAACUUAUUGGUUAAUUUGAUUCUAUAUAUGUCAGUAAUGCAUUAUAAUA